AUGUCAGUAUUUUCAAAUUCAAUCACGUAUUCUUUUGGUGGUGCUUUUUCCCUUGGAAAAUCAAAAAGAUAGGACUUAUACAAUUAAAACUAAACUCCAGGACCUGGCGCUUACAAUAAUGAAAAUGUUACUAUAAACUCUCCUAGAUUACCAUAAUACUAAAUUUCAAAAUCCCCAAGAAAGCCAAUUUUUGAACAAAAUGGAGUACCUCCCCCAGGCGCAUAUGAAUUAAAAUCAGAUAUAGGAAGUGGAUAAGGUAUGUCAAUUAGUAAGUGUAAAUACAAAGAGUUUGGAGAUAAAUAUGAGAUAGGACCUGGAAGCUAUGAAGUUACUAAAUCUUAUUAGAAUAAAUAAGGUUCUCCUUAGUAUAGUUUCUCUUUAAGAUAUGAAGAAUUAAAGCCUACACUAUAAACACCUGGCCCUGGCGCUUAUGACAUUAAUGAUUAGUUUACUGAUAAGUUUAAUUAAAGCAAAUAUAUUUUGAAAACCAAUUAAUCUGACACCCUUAGGGCUCAAAAAAGUGAAGAGUAUUUGACUCCUUCUUCUCUACCAGGUCCAGGGGAUUAUUUUUAAGAAACUACUUUCUUGAAUAGCAAAGGAACAACUUUUGCUAAAAGUGGAAGAAUGAUGAUGAAGUAAGACAGUACUCCAGGACCAGGCCACUUUAAUAUUUCUACUAAUUAAUAUUAUUCUCAAAGAAACUUUACUCUUGGUUAAAAAAUAUCUGUUAAAGACAAGUUUAAGUCCUCUGUUCCUGGACCAGGGACUUAUGAUAUUAAUGUGAAUUUAAGAAAACCAACUAUUAGAAUGGGUGCUUCACUUAGAACUGGUUUAGUAAUGAGUGAUACUCCUGGCCCUGGAUCAUAUCUAUCUACUAAUUUUUCUAGAGAUGAUACUCUCAAAGAAUUCAAUGUAAAACAGCCAUAAAAUAGAGGGCUUGGAUAUUCAAAAAGACCUGAUUUAGUUCCUAAUAUAAAAACACCUGGGCCAGGAAACUAUGAUAUUCCCACUUCUUUAGGGUAAAGUCCACAUGCUAAAAUAAGCACUCAUGUAAACAAAGGAAAAUGGAAAGUUCAGUAAGAGGUUCCUGGACCUGGUUCAUAUAAUAUAAAUCAAAGUAGCAUAGAUUUAUCAAAAGGAGCAAAAAUAAAAGGUAAACAUAAUAAAAUUGAAUCCUCCAUUAAUUUUCCUGGUCCAGGCUCAUAUGAUGUUUCCUUUUUAUCACAAAGUCCUAAAUUUGCAUUUACUUAGCAAAAAAGAUCUAAGCAGGAUAUUCGUUAAUUAUUUGAGCCAUCUCCAGGUUAAUAUGAAAUAGCAGGCUCAAUAGGUAAUCUACCAUCAUAUUUGCUUCACAAAAGAGCCUGA